CACGUCAAUAAUGGACAAGACUAGUGUCAUUUGUCUGAUAUUUGUUGCACUUUUAUCUAAUGUUAAUGGGCAAGGCAAUGGUGCUGUGAGACUAAAUAAUUAUGGUAACACGGAUGCUACUAAUACCAGAGGUGUUGUUGAGGUGUACUACAAUUCACGUUGGGGAACUAUCUGUAUCACAGACUCAUCUUACAACCACAUUGGUGAUGUCGUCUGUCAUCAGUUGGGAUUCAAUGGUGGGAGCUCUGGAAGUGUUAGUCAUAAUUCUUUAAACACUAAAGCAGUUAUUACCAAUGUCAGAUGCAAAAAAGAUAUGCUUGUAAUACUACAGUGUGAGCAUGGAACUUCUGUCUCUUCUUGUGGACCUUCUGAUAAUGUUGAAGUUAACUGCAAUACAGCUAGAUUAUGGGAUAAUCCUUACAAUGGCAUGGUACGCCUACAAGGAGGAUAUUAUUCUGGACAGGGAGUGGUUGAGAUUUAUUGCAAAGAGAGUUGGGAAGCUGUUUGCAAUGAUGAUCAACUCUUCAAGAGUGAAGCAGCAGAUGUUGUUUGUACUCAGCUAGGAUAUAACGGACAUCAAAUCUAUAUUGAUAGCAUCUUACAUGAUGACACUACCUGGUUGCAUAAUGUCGAUUGUAAAAGUGAGUCAUCAAGUAAAUGCCUCUUUGAUUGUGGUGGAGGCAGUUGUCCUGAUAGUUUUUUUAGAUGCACUAGAUAUGGAGUUAAUGUAACAUGCGAAUAUAAUACACAAAUAUCUGAUAAAGGUGGCUACAUUAACACUUGUAAAAAUUCUGGUCUUUCUGGUGGUGCUAUUGCUGGAAUAGUGCUAGGAGUUACAGUAACAUUUGUUGCUUUAUGUGCCUGCUGCUGCUGUAUGCUUUGGAAAAUAAAGAGAUCCAAAAAGGAAGAUCAAAAAGAACUCUUAGAAAAUAAAGCAAAAAAUGAUAAAUGAACAACUAAUGAUGUAUUUACAAGAGUACAUUAAAUGGACAAAACAGCAGUAUAGCAAAAAUAUCAUUUUACUACUGUUGGGCCAUAGGCGGGGGGGCAAGCCAGGGCUUUCCCCAAGUAGUUUUUUCAAUUUCAACCAAAACCACACCUAAAAGGUGGGUUUUGUUAUUAUUAGGAG